AUGAUUGCAAUGUGCAGAGCGAAGUGUUUCAUUUUACACUUGCAUGAGGAGACCAACAAUAUACCCAAUGCACAGCGUGGUCUUAAAGGCAAUAUUAUUAUUUUUCUGCAGCGAACUUCUUCUGUUUUAGAUAUGCUUCCUCCACCUAUGGAGGAUGUUGUGACUCCAAUAUGUGUUUUAUUUGUAGGUUCGCAUCCACCGACGGCGGAAUGGAUGAGACAACAUGCACAUCCUCUUAUUGUGAGAAGAGAGAAGGUCAGGAGUGCGCUGCUAUGGUUGCAGAAGCAUAAUAAUCUCUAUCGUGAUGUUGUUAUCGAUCAACAGAGGUUAGCUUCCCUUAGCGACGAGGACGUUCUUCCUGUUCACAUUGAGACUGUGAGUGAUUCAAGUGAUAAAGCUCAUGAAGUUCUUACAUCUCGUUAUGAUGCGCUGAGUUCUGACCAUGCCAAUCUUGCUGAUCCAAGUUUACCCCCAAUUUUUGAGCAUGUUGUUGUAACUGAUGUUGAUGUCAAUGCUCCUUCGCAUCAACUUAGGGCAGCCGCUCUCUGCCAUGUAAAAGAUAAAGCUGGUGGAUACAUUCAAGUGCCCCAUUGCUCACAGCCUGUGAAUGAGUUCAUCAAUCCGGAGCUUUUUCCGAUGGUGUACCCUACUUUGUUCCCAUAUGGGGUCAGUGGAUUCGAACAUCCGCAUCGUACCUCUAAAUUGGCAUUGAAACGCCAAGUCAAACAUUUGUUUAAUUUGGCUGAUCGUCGAUUUCAAGAACACUAUUCAUUCUUGUUUAUUGUGUUCAACAUGCUGCAAUGA